AUGGGCUGCUGGGGUUUCGAUCUUCAAGACCCCAGGGUAGGGAGUGGACCAGCUGAUCACCUAGAUGGCGGUGAACAUUUUUUGAGUGAAGACUCUGAUCUUCUUAAAUUUUUAUCGAUUCCCACUUGCUUGCAAAGCUCAAGCUCAGAAUUUCUUCACUAUGACGCCUCAAAUUUACCGCCAAAAACCGAGAAUUUUGACAAUGUCUCCUCAGCCGAAGAUCCUAUAGUCCAGAAAACUACAAACAAGUCGAGCAAAGCACAUAUAACCCAGCUUGGUCAAGAUCUUCCGUAUGAAGCCACGGUGCAGGAUACAUCAAAUGGUGAACUUGUGGUUGGUGGCAUUCAAAACCAAAAAACGGAAAAAAGUGUGCGUGGGGGGCGAGAUAUCUUCUCAAUCGUCACAAGUGCUUGGGAUGGCAGAACUGUUAGCCCUAAGGAUGCUUUCUUGGAUUAUGAUCACGUUUAUACGAAACUCGAAGACGAAGCUUCACGGCGUGUGAGCCAUAGCUGGAUAAAAGAUAAGGUUAUAACAAUGAAGACAAAUCAGCCCAUCGUCAAUCUCACAGAAAAUCCCUAUUCUCUCCUGGACGAACCUUCUCUUACGGCUGAUUCAUCUCCUCCCCACUUGGAUCAACGGCUAACUAUCGACACCAACGAAUUAUAUUCCUGCAAUUCAAGUCCUGGAAAACGUGUUUUGCAAUCACCCGAAGAAUCAGCAGCUUCUCAAUUCAGUCUACCCCCCCAAUGCGUGCCAAAAAACGCCAUACGUUGGACGCAUUAUAACUCUACCUCUCCCUCAAAUCUUGAGACGCAACUUCUCCCGGAACCUGGAAACUCGACGGCUGCAACUCCCGUGGAAAAAAUCCAUUCUCUCGACUCCAAUAUGAUCGUGAAAGACGAAAUGCCGUCCUCAUCUCACGGCCAAUCAAUACAUUUGAACACCCGAGAAGUGCCUACGUCCGGCCCGUCGGACUUAUUGGCUUGUAAGUCUUCAAGUGUCACGCCCAAUUGCGAAGAAUUCUCUGCUUCUUCGGAAGACGAAACAAGCACACUAGAAACAGAGGCGACUGUUUUGUGGUUUGAUGACAAGAGUGAGCAACCUAUGCGUCAUUCGGAGCAGAAAAAUCACAGUGAUCAAUUGAGACACAUAGAAGCAUCGAGCAAUAACUCUUCAUCAACAACGGAAGCCUUAAGACUUUAUCCGGAUACUUAUCAUGCGCCCCGCCAGUGUGAGACUCUGCGUCGGGAAAGCUCCAUGAACUCCACGAAGAAUGACUCAAAGCGGUCCGAAACCCCAAAGUGGCACCGGUUAAGCGCUACUGUCGACGGGUCAGUUGGGGAUAAUUCGCACAUGACAUCAAGCAAUCAAACGCAACUGGAUGACCAGGAUCCUGUCAAAUCAAGUGAUAUAACCAUCUUGGGACCCGAAUUGCGUGAUGAAAGUGCCGAUCUCCAUGAAGUUAUUGAGGGGGACGAGGGUCAACUGAGAUUGGUCGCCAGUGAGGAUAGUCUCGACAAUUUUACCCUUGGCGAUCAAAGCUCUGAAGAGAUUGAAAAUUACAAGACCACUGCCACUUCCUCGCUAACACACGUCCAUACAGUUCGGAAAACCGACAAGUCACGAGAACCCUCUGAAGCCGUUCAGAUGAACGAUGGAAAUCCUGUCAAGAAACGCCGAAGAGCUGAGAGUAACAACUAUCAUAUCUCAUCGCCAUAUCCACGAGUAACUCGAAGCUCCCUUGGUCUUUGCAGCAGCAAGGACGCAGGUUCGCCUCAGAUUUCAACCACGCCGGUCGAUCAUCCAGGGCGUGGCUCUCGCAAAACGUCAAGGCGCACAACUCAAAGUGGCUUCUUGAUCAAACCUAGUCCCUCACCGAACCAAACUCUUGAAAACGUCUUGGAUGACUCAUCUGGUCAUAUCCACUCGAUGGGUCCGAUCAUGUGCGGUCACGUGGACGAAAGGACGGGGGAAAAGUGUGAAACCAUGUUUAAGAGACCAUAUGAUCUCGCCAGACACAAAGAAACAAUACACGAUUCAGAGGGCCCUGGAGGCAAUCGCAAGCCUCAAUGGAAGUGUGGUCAGUGCGGUGGAGGAUUUAGUCGUAAAGAUGCCUUGAUAAGACACUGUAGAACACGGAACCACUGAGAUUCGCGACUGGAAUGUUUUUCAAAUCAAAGCAUGCAUCUUUUCAUGGCACCUAAUUAUUUCGAAAACGGUUUUGGAGAGAUCUGAAUCGUAGCCAACCCUUGAUAGAUCCAUGGGCUAAGAGGCAGUAGAUCCAAAAGUUUAGAAUAUGUAAUACACUGUAUGUUCAUAUCAGAAAGUUAGAUAAUAUAAAGAAAUGCAAGUCCUUGCCCGUUUUGUAUCUGUAGGUAAUGUGUUAUGUGUAUCUGUACUUGGGCAUCAUAUAACAAAAGAUAUGAAUCCUAUUGUGUUUAGCACACAAAUAUAAAAUUUGCUACAUAAAUAGUUGGCGCAUCAGUUCUUCUGUCUGUAUGAAUAUGUGAAAUGUAAUAAUAUAACUUACUCAACUGGUUGAUACAAUCCAUGAACUUUGGAUGGUUUCCUGAUUUUUAACAAUGAAUUCAAAGGGUAUUUCACUGUGAAAAAAAUCUUGCUGAACUGACAG